AUUUUUAAAAACAUUUACAAGUUCAGACUCGUUUGAGACGUGCGCGUGUACGGACGUUGUAAUUUGUGUAUUCGAGAACAAGUUUACAUAGAGAAACUAAUAAAUUCAAUAAAUGAAGAAAGUAUUAAAAAUGAGGAAAAAUUAAGUCGUUGUAAGAAAAAUAAGUAAAUAUUAGAGUGCAACAGAGUUCAUAAAUAUUUAAAGUUGGAAAAACACCAACGUUGUUAAAUAGAAGAACAUUUCUCAAAUACAAGAACAUUUAUAAAAAGUAUUAUAACUUUAAUUAAAAAAGUUAAGCCAAAAACCAAAUACAUUAAAAAUGGCAUACACAAAAGCAAGCACAUCACUUCUCAUUUCCAUUGCUGUGAUAAUAACUAUAUUUUCCACUUCUAUACCUGCAGCUAACGCUCUCCGCUGUCACCAGUGCAACUCCCACUUGCAAGAGGACUGCACUGUCUUACGUUUAGUCACACCACGUGCACCGCGUGACGACCAAUUCCUUGGGGAAUGCGAAUCGCCCGAUAUGUUUUGUCGCAAGAUAGUGACGCAGAUUGAGGUGACCGGGGAGCAUCGCAUCAUACGCAGCUGCGGCAAGUUGGACAACAAGAAGGAGAAGAACAGUUAUUGCUUCGAUGCCGACAAUGAGGGAUUCAAACAGACGAUCUGCAACUGUUUCGAGGAUGGCUGCAAUGCGGCACCGCCACGUCUCGGCAAUGCCAAUCACGUGACUAUGUUGAGUGCGACCGGUUUGUGCGUGUUGGUGGCGCGAUUUUUGAGGAUUAGUGCUUAGAAUAUAUAGUAGCUAGUUAAAAUAAAGAAAGAAAACAUAUUUUUAAAUGUUUGCAUAUACGACCAUAUGUAUGUAUAUAUUAUAUGUGCCGGUGCAAAAAUGUAGUUGUUUGUAUGUACAUACAUAUGUAUAAUAUGUAUUUAGUUGCGUAAAGUGUGCUCGCUGGAAUGCGAAUUGGUUGUAUGCGUAUUCAGCAUUGAAGGACGAAGAAAAGAAGAAUAGAAGGAAAGAAGAAAAGAAAGGAGUAGAAGAGUAGGUGCUUGAAGCACGACAUCCAUUUUAAUGUAGCUGAUAACAAUGAAGACGAAAGAGCGUUGCUGGAAGUUAAUUUUGUUAGCUCUCUUAAGCAUUUUUCUUUGUUUUUCUCAAUUAAUUUUAACACUCCAACACGAAUGCCAAAUGUAACUUAAUGUGCAAACUUUCGGACUCGAUUUUUCCAAUUUCGAUUUAAUAUUAAAAAUUAUACUUUUUAGAAAAAUACACAUAAAAACUAAACAAAAUAAAACAAAAACAACA